UCUUACAUACAUUACAUUAAUGGCUUCCAUUUCUACUCAAUACUUGUUCCCUCAUUUUCCUCCACCAUCUCCCACCUCAACACCACCUUCUCCUACCGCAAAACCGCCACCAUCCCCACCAAAUUUCGUCCCACCACCAUUGCCUCCUCAUUUCGUCCCACCACCAUCACCUCCACAUUUUAGCCCCCCACCACCACAUGCGGUCCCACCACCAUCGCCCCCUCAUCUUGUCCCUCCACCGCCACAUGCGGGCCCACCACCCUCGCCCCCUCAUUUCGUCCCUCCACCACCACAUGCGGUCCCACCACCAUCGCCUCCUCAUUUCGUCCCCCCACCACCACCCCCUCCAAGCAACAAUUCCACAAUAAUCGUGGUGGUGUUCGUCUCAUGCGGUGGUGUCUUCUUUUUGGCAUUCGCUAUGGCGGCAUUAUGGUGCUUCCUCAAGAAGAGGAAGAAGAUGGUUCAAAAAGCCGAAAAUGUCCACUUCGAUGAACACCGAAAGGUGUCUGAAAAAAUUGUACAAGGGCCACAUGGGACUGAAACCGUGAUUCUUUCGGUAGAAGAUGAUAUUCACAUUGAAGAAGAUAUGAGGAAGAGUGAGCUCGAAAACUUCCGAAAAGGAUUGCAUUUGAAUUCCGGGGACACCUACAUUAUUGGUGGUCCGAUUGAUCCUGGAAAACCGUCGUCCAGUUCCGGUCAUCACCACCUGCAUGGCUAGAAGUACGUUGCUAUGAGGUGCAAGCUAGCUUCUACUUGAGAAUAAAAUGUGGAUAUAAGUUAACAAUUACUAUAUAUUGUGGUGUGCAUUUUCUUUUAUUCAUGAUUGAUGCAUAUGAAUUUGUGUUGGCUUGCUUCA